AUGGUGGAAACUAGUUUCCCCAAUUCUUGUGCUGAAGACCUCAAGAAACGUGUGAUGGAGAUAUUUCAGGGUAUUACCAAAGACAUUGAGGACGAGGAAUUGAAUAGUCAAUUUCGCAUGAUGGGGAGUAGCUACGAUUCCCUUAACAAUUAUGCAGUUAGAUGGUUCAAUUUAAUAGCAGAUUUGGGCAACACUGACAAAGCUAGAGAGAUGUUUAAGCCUCUCUCUGACUUGGGCAUUCUACCUCCCGUUGCUGUCUUCACCAUGGUGAUUUCUCUCUACUCUGGUACACGCAAGGCCGAGAGUGCUCUCAAGGUCUACCACCAAAUGAUAGCCGUUGGUGUCAAUCCCGUCUUCUACACUUACACUCAACUCAUCUGGGUACUUGCAACAGACUUUUCCAAAGUAAGGUACCUUAGGUUGGCCAAGAAGUAUUUUCUUGAAACCUUGGAUAAGGGGAUGACACUCGAUCGUACACCUUUUCUGUAUCUUAUGGGGGCCAUUGCCUACCGAGAGCCACUGUAG